AUGGCUGAUCCCGCUUGCUCAACAAUCGAAGAGCAGCUCACUUGCUCUAUCUGUUUGGAUUUGUUCAGAUCUCCAGUGACUACAUCUUGUGGACAUAACUUUUGUAAAGACUGCCUUGAGCAUUUUUGGGAAAUGAUCCAUAUUCACAGCUGCCCGCAAUGUAGAGAAACCUUCGACCCGGAUCUACCUCUGCAGAAGAACGCGGCUUUAAAUGGCUUAGUGGAAAAGUGGAAAAAGGACAUCACAGAGACACAGAAAACUGAGUGCAAAGCUGAACAAGAAACCGACGAGAAACAAAACUGCCAGACGGGGUGCGAGGAGAAGCAGGCUGAACUGCGACGAGGUGAGGGCUGUCAACAAGAGUUGGCUUGUAAACCGCAGGAGGAAAAUGAGGAGAGAAGAAACGCUGAGUUAGAAAGUGAGAACACAAUCAAAGACGAGCAAGCAGACAAUCCUCUCGUUGAUCCUGAUGAAGUUCUCUGCGAUUCCUGCAUUGACAAGAAAUUAAAAGCUGCAAAGUCUUGUCUGACCUGUAUGGUUUCAUACUGCGAAGCUCAUCUGAGACCUCACCUUGAAAACACUGCCUUCAAGAAUCACAAGCUGAUCAACCCCAUGAAAGACAUCGAACAGGGAAAAUGCUGUCUGCAUGACCAGUAUUUGGAGUUCUUCUGUAAAAAUGAUCAGAGCUGUGUCUGUAAGGAAUGCACGCUGGACAAGCAUGCAUAUCACGAAAUAAUUCCUGUUGCAAGGGCAAAGGCCGAAAAAGAGAAUGAACUCCGGGAAGCAAAACUUAAAAUUGACAAGAAAAUUAAUGUUGCAAAGAAUGCAAUUGAGAAACUACAGAAUAACUCCUCCUCCAUUGUAAAUUCAGUGUCAGAGGUGAAACCCAACAUUGAAAGACAGUUCAGUGACCUCAUGGAAGCUGUCCAAAAUGCUCAGAAAGAGGUGCUCAAAUUUUUGGAGAACGAGCAGUGUGCUUCGCUGAAGCAGGCAGAUGGAAUUCGCGUUCACCUGGAACAGAAGUGUGCUGAGCUGCAAAGGACAAAGGACCAGGUUGAAGCACUGAUGAAGCAGAGGAACACAGUGCAGUUUUUACAGGAAUUUUGUGAAUGGAAGAAAGAUGUGCCAGAUGAUAAGCUGCCUAGUGUAUACAUUGGACUGAUAGACAAACUUGCUGGAAUUAGUGCGGCUGUUUCAGAAUCGACAGAGACCAUCUUAGAGUUGCUACAGACCUCCUACAAAGAGAAACUAAAGGAAUUUGCAAGAGAAGAUAAACUGGGAUUUAAAACAACAGUUGCUGUGAUUCGUGGUUCAAAACGCUGCCUUACAAAAAAACAACCAAAAACAAGAAAUGAAUUUCUAAAAUAUGCUGCAACACUGGUGUUUGACCCAAAUACGGCUCACAGGUAUCUUCGCUUGGUGAACAACAACUGCAAAGUCUCCAACACCUGCCCAUGGCUCCAGCCCUACCCCGACCACCCAGAGAGGUUUGAACACUGGCGGCAGGUGUUGUGCACAGAGAGCUUUUACAUGGUCCGAUGCUACUGGGAAGUGGAGAUCCACGCAGAAGGAACUUACAUUGGCAUGACUUACAAAAGCAUUGACAGGAAAGGAGCUGAGAGCAAUGGCUGCAUCACAGGGAAUGACUUUUCCUGGUGCAUACAGUGGACGGGCAAGGAAUUCUCAGUUUGGCAUGGUGACGUGGAAGUGCCAGGGAAGGCUGAGAAGUUUAGCCGGAUAGGAGUAUAUCUGGACUAUCAAAACAGGGUUCUGUCAUUUUAUGGAGUGGCAGACACCAUGGUCUUGAUACAUAAAUUUGAAUCUUCAUUCACAGAACCACUAUAUCCUGCAUUUUAUCUUCCCAAGAAAGAAGCAUCAGUUUCUCUGGGUGUACUUGAAGAAGAUGCAUUGAAAAUUGAAACUGAAUAAGAUCAUCUUUGAGACUGUAUGGAACACUGUAGUGCUGUUUAUUGGUGAUAUUACAGGCUGUGUUCAAGUCCAUGUUGAAGGUUCUCAUUCACCUAAUAAGUGUGAUGAGUGAUGGGGAAGUGUAAAAGGCCAUCAAGUCAGUUUGCCACAAAUGACAGGUAUGAAAACACAUUCUUGAUACUUGGGCCCCUGAUGAUCUGGUUUUUUUUUGUUUAACAUGAAACAUGAAAGUCUGAAGGUAAGAUAAAUUGAAUAGGAAGCAGUAGUAGGCCACUCACACUUUGAGGCUGUUCUGCCUGAUGCAUCAUCUUCAUAAAACACCUCAGUUCUAUAUAUUUAACCCUAACCUUAAUGCUGCAUCAGCUGAUAUGUUAUGUACCACCAGGGCUAACUUGAUUUUUGUGCUUUUUGUUAUGGUUUGUAACUCCAAAACAUUAAACUAAUUUAAAAGGAAAAGACAGAGAUUCUGAAAUGCGAACCUAACUUAGUUUUUACUUUUAAGUUUUUACUUUAGGCAUGCACAAGUCAUGUGGUAACGUCAUUACGCAAUUCACGUAUUUUUACGUAUAAUCCAUAAUAAAUUACAUGAACAAAUAAGGAAUGCUUAAUCAACAGCAUACUUACAUUACUCAAAUAUUACUGAAAUAUUAAAUAUACAACACUCCUCCCUGCUUAGUUAUAAACUCCAACUCAAUGCAGAAUGCAUCUCAACUAUAUAUAUAGUAUGCUAUCUAAUAUAACCACCAUACAGACAUUCACAGCUUAGUAAGUCUUUAAAUUGUCACAUUCAGGUCUAAAGAUUUAAAUGCUGUGGAGGCUUUCUUACUCUUGUGGGAUAACGCAUUUCUUGACAAGGGAUACAACUUUGCUUUGUGGCUAGGAAACAAUCUCAGAUUCUAGGGCCUCCUUGUGGUGGUUGUCAGAGUUGACUCUGGGACUACUGGAGUGGUUCUGACAGCAUCAUGAUGCAUGCAAUCCAUGUUAUUUUUACAUAUAACCCAUAAUGAAUUAGCUUAACAAAUAAUGAAAGCUUAAUCAACAGCAUAUUUACAAUAUUACUCAAAUAUUACUGAAAUAUUAAAUACACAACACUUUCUACUUUUGAUUCAUAGAAAAGAAAAUAUUGAUAAAGAAACACAGCACUUGAUACUUGUCAAAUCAGUGUUUCCAUUUUCUUACUUGGAGAUACAGUUUGCUUUGUCUCAGCAGUUUUAUAAUGAUAAUUUUGAAAUAGUUAGACAGUCUAACAUCAACAUAAUGAUUUUUCCCAGUUUCUUCAUCAAUAUUUUGCUUUUCUAUUUAUCAAAUGUAGAAAGCACAAAAAAAAACAAGUUAGCUCUGGUGAUACAUAAUGUAUCAGUUCAUUCAGCAGGAUUCACUAUAUACCACUGUGGUGCUUAAAACCUGGGUGACCUUCCAAUCUACAGCCUAGGGAAAGCAGGACCACUGUAGCAGCCCCGAUAUCCACUGAAUACUUGCUGGAUAAGUACAAUAACUAUUGGAGGCAUUGGUACAUGCAAAUGAAUCCUUGUUGAAAUUUUAUAAAAUGUCUAAUAUUUUUUGUAAAAUGAUCUGUCCUCAAAUGUCCCAGUAAGCUUGUGCUAAUUUGAUGCAUGAUUGGGGUGGGAAAGCUGAGUUAGGUAAUGUUAAUCUCAUCUUUGAUUUUGUUUCCUCAAUCACUCAGUGAACUUCUUAUCAAUCUUUCAACCAUCAAAAUCAGGAAGGAAGCCUUUCAGAACUCAUCGACCCCCAAAUGAGAAGCACAUGUGGGUUUGCUGAGGCUGUAAAAUCUGGCAUUUUUGAUAAAUUAUCUUUUUUGACAAACAGAUAGGAAAAAGGGCUGAAUAAUAAAUUGUGGAGAAAUAAAAGUCAAGGAAUGCUUUUAAUUAGCAGAUUUAAACCCUGCAUAGAAGCAGCCUUUGAACUAACAGUACGAUCAGCAUCAAAACAUGGUGGUAAUGAAUUUAAACCACUGGAUAUCAACAUCUUUCUCCCCAGAUUCCUUUCUCCUUUAACUAAGAUAACAACACAAUUAAAAUCAGUAACUGUAAGGUUUGCUUGUUAAAGACUAUCUUUAGAUUGUUAUCCUGCUUAAAAUAAUUAUGAUUUCUUGAAGGGUAACUAUGUGCACUGCAUGCAAACAAUUAAAUUGCUGGAGAAACUUGGUGUGUCAAGCAGCAUCUAUAGACAUAAAGGGAUGGUUGACAUUUCAGGUCAUAACCCAACAUUAGUACUGAGAACAAAGAGGGAAGAUAGCCAGUAUACUGAGGUGAGAUUGAAACAGAGAUGAUACAGAGGCGACAAGGUGAAAUUGAAACAGAGAGGUGAACGUGGAAGGUGAGCAUCCACCUUUUGAUUGCUGGGAGAUGGCUCUGCUAUCGGAGAGAGGAGAGGCUGCCACUGGGCCUUGAGAAUGUUAGCCAGGUUUUCUGCGUUUUGGAUGUGGACUUGGACUCUAGAGUUUCUUUUUCAGGAUUAUAGUUUUUAUACUCUGAUUCCCUCCCCCCCCCCCACCGAUCUUUCAAGUUUCUUUUGUGCGGGAGAGGGGAUUUGGGGGUUGAUGUGCCUGCUCUGUUUUUGUUAAUUUUUUUUGUGCAUGGAAAAGGGAUUCGGGGAGGGUGUUAGUGAUCACACUGCCGUACUUUUCUUUCUUGGUUUCAUGGCUAUCUGGAGAAGAAGAAUUUCAGAGUUGUAUACUUUGAUAAUAAAUGAACUUCUGAAUUUUUGAGAAUGGGGGGGUGAGACGGUUGUGGGUAGAUAAUAAGUGAAACACGGUGAUGUGGGAGAUGAUGGGUAGAUGGAGAUAGGUAGUUGGGGGUAGUUUAGAGACUGGUGAUAGGAGUAGACAGAUAAGAAAAAGAGUUAGCAGACAGAGUCAGGUGGUUGGGAGGUGGGAAGGAGGUGGGGUUGGUGUGGAAAAUAGAGCUGGAAAAUGCCAAGUGAAAACAGUCAGGAGAGGAAUAAUGGGCAGAUUGGAACUAGAUGGGGGAAGAGUUAGGAAUGGUAGGUGGGGGAGAAGAAACCCAUGUGGAUGAUGGCCAGAUGGAAAUUGGAAAGGUGAAUAAUGGGAGAAAGAACCUCAGUGGGUCAGAAGGAUGGGAAAAUAACGCAGUUGAUGUGGGAUACCUGAAAUUUCAAAAUUCUAAGUUCAUACCCAUAUGCUGCUGUCUACUCAAAUGAAUGUUGUUCUUUUAAGUGCAUGUGUACUGCAUAGUUGAUAUUCACAUCGUUCCAGACCAAAUUCCACGUAGAAUGUUACAACAUGAAAUUUAAAGUUUUAUUGAACUUUAAGAAGAAUCAGCUCUUAACUGACAGUUAUUUAUCUGAUUAUUUAACAACUAUAUUCACUGAGUAAUUUUCAUCACAUAAACCUGUCUGAUAAAUGAGUAUUUUGGAAUUUAAAAGUACUCUAAAAAGAGAUGGGGCAAUAUCAUUGAGCUUUGCUGGUGUUUAAACACCCAGAAGUCCCAGCAUUUUACUCGUGUGCUUCUCCGGCCGGAAUUCAGGGAUUCACCACAUGAUGGCGUUGUGCCCUCGGUCAUGCUACCCAAAGGUGAACCUGUGCUUACUGGAAACGAAUCAACUUUCUGACAUUGAACCAGCAUUAUACUGCCUGACCCACAGAGCUCAAUGAGGAUUCUAACCUGUGAACUCAAAG